AUGAAACGCAAUUUCUUCAGCCUGGUCUGGACGAUUGCGCCGUCUAUCUACGCACCUUCGUUGUCCGGUCUCGCGAACAGCUUCAUGAUUACCUGGACUAUCUUCGGCUUCCCGGCUUCCCUCAUUACGUUCCUCGCGCUUUUUCUCAGCAACGGCGAAGAACCAAGCGCACUGACUUUAUCCGUCAAAGCGCAAGAGAUAGGCCAAGAGAAAGGGCAGAAGGGCGGACUACUGUGGGAUUUGGUCAAGGUUCCAGCGGAAUGGCGGAAGAUAUCAGAAGUGAACGCUCCGCUGAAUACCCCGUGCACAUCCGCCAACGGAUUGGUCAAGAGUCAAGAGUCUGAGUGGACGCGUUGGCUAUCGAACAUCAAGGUUGUACCGCCGGCGUUCGUAUGCAGCCUUGCUGUGGCGCUGUUCUGCAUGUACUGGGUACCCAGAAAUCGUGAGAAGAGUAUGGGCCUACGCGGCUUCAGUGCAUUCUGUGGGCCUAUUGUUUUGCCCAUCGAUUGA